AUGCUGUCCGCUACUUCUGGGGUCUUUCGCGCUGGCGCUCGACGAGCCGCUCCCCGCUUCGCAGCUCGUGCCAGUGUCAAAACUGCUCCGACCACGCUCCGAUUCAUCAACGCCAGCGCCAGCCGAGCCUUUUCGACCACACGAGCUCUGGCCUCAUCGCCUGAUCGUGACAGGGUUCGGGAGAUUGUUGCGCAGACGAUCAACAGCAUUGGCAGCAAGCGGGAGGGUGAGCAGUACCUGAAGCUCUUCACCUCGGUUGAGUCGCAGAAGUUUGCCGUCAUCAAGGUCGGCGGCGCCAUUCUUACCGAAUACCUACAAGAAUUGACCCUGACUCUCAAAAUUCUCUUCGAGUUGGGCCUCUACCCUAUUAUUGUACAUGGUGCAGGCCCGCAACUCAACAACCUUCUGGAGGCGGCUGGCAUUGAGCCUCAAUUCGAAGAAGGUAUCCGGGUCACCGAUGCCAAGACCCUUGGUGUUGCUCGCAAGCUUUUUCUUGAAGAGAACCUGAAGCUCAUCGACCGCCUCGAUCAGCUUGGAGUCUCAGCCCGGUCCAUUAGCGGCGCCUUUAUCGCCGAUUACCUCGACAAGGAUAAGUGGCAGUACGUUGGAAAGAUCACCAAAGUCAACAAGGAAGCUAUUGAGCACUCCAUUGAGGCCGGAUACAUCCCCGUCCUUACUUCUAUGGCCGAAUCUGAGGAUGGACGCCUUCUCAAUGUCAACGCUGACGUCGCUGCCGCUGAGCUUGCCCGUGCUCUUGAGCCUCUGAAGGUCGUGUAUCUGUCUGAGAAGGGUGGAUUGUACGACGGUGAUGGCGAGAAGAUAUCUGUUAUCAACCUUGAUGCCGAGUUCGACUACUUGAUGAGUCAGCCCUGGUGCCGAUAUGGAACUAGGCUCAAGAUCCGCGAGAUCAAGGACCUGUUGGACACCUUGCCUCGCAGCUCAUCCGUUGCCAUUAUCCACCCCAGUGAUCUUCAAAAGGAGCUGUUCACCGACUCCGGCGCUGGUACUCUCAUCCGUCGAGGUGACAAAGUCCAGAAGAUUUCCUCCCUUAACGAGAUUGAGGACCUGGCAAAGUUCAAGCAGACUUUGGUCCGCGACCGCCAAGGAAUGGAUGCUGAGGCUACCGUCGAUCGAUUUGUUGACCAGCUCAAGGACAACAGCUUUGAUGCCUACUACGACGAUGGAAUGCAGUGCUUGGCUGUUGUCCUGCCGGCCAGCGAGGAACGGCCUAUUGCCACCCUUGCUACCUUGAACAUUACUAAGUCAGGAUGGUUGAGCAACAUCGCUGAGAACGUUUUUGCUUCCAUCAAGAAGGACCACCCUAGCUUAGUCUGGACUGUCAGCGAAGAGGACGAGAACCUGACUUGGUUCUUCGAGAAGGCUGAUGGAACCUUCAAUAGGAACGGUAAUGUCCUAUUCUACUAUGGAUGUGACCUUCGCUCCGAGGCUCUCAUUCCUGUCUUCGAAGACUUCAAGGCCCAUGGCCGAGCUAUGCUCGGUGAAGCCAAUCUCGAGUCCCGGCUUCGGGACGCUGCCAAGACUACCAGCGAGACUCUAAACGCCUCACAGAAGCGAAACUAG